AUUAGAAUUAAAGAAUUAGGAUAAAAUAAAAAAAAAAAUAAAAAAAAGAGGAAAUUCGAAAGAUCAAUAUGUCGGGAGGCAUAACGCUAGGUCGCCUCACCGAGGUGAGAAAGGCAUGGCGCAAGAAUCACCCACAUGGUUUUCUUGAUGGUGUGGCAUUGCUUAAAACCUGGAUUAGUGCGAGGUUUGCAGAAUUUGAGUUCAUGCUUCAAUAUUUUGUUUGGCAGACGGAUUGGGAGGGCGGCUUUUAUCCUCUCACGAUGCAUUUCAGCGAAGACUAUCCCAGCAAACUGCCCAAGUGCAAGUUCCCUCCGAAUUUCUUUCACCCUAAUAUAUACCCGUCCGGGACAGUAUGUUUGUCAAUCCUCAGUGAGGACAGUGGUUGGAGACCUGCCAUCUCGGUGAAGCAAGUUCUAAUUGGCAUUCAGGACUUACUAGACCAGCCUAAUCCAAGCGAUCCUGCUCAAACCGAUGGCUAUCAGCUUUAUAUGCAGCAACCUGAAGAGUACAAGAGACGGGUUCGCCAACAGGCCAAGCAGUAUCCGUCUCCCGUCUAGGGUUAGGUUUCUCUUUAAUUGUUUUAAAUCGAAUGUCAUGAAAAAAAUACUCUUCUACAGGAAAAGCAAGAACUAAAUAUCUUUAAUUUCUUUUUCUUAAUGAAAAUUUUCAGUAUUUUUACAUUUUA